GCAAGGAUUACACAAAACCGAUUAGGCUUAUACCUAGCUAUGCGCGAAUAAGCACAGCUGGAACCACCGUAUCCCAAGGCGAAGUUUGCGUAUCGAAGCAUGUCGUGCCCAGCUUGUGGCCGAUCUGUUUUCUGCCAUUCGAACUAUCUAAUAUAAAACGGAUGGUUCAAGACUGUUGUCUCGAUGCUCGGGCGGAAAAGAGGUCAUUUCGCGAUACAGAUCCAAAAUGAAGGUCCUAGUCCUAGGAAUGCCCCGCACGGGGACACAAUCUAUCGCGGACGCGUUGAUCCAGCUCGGCAUCUCACCUAUUUACCACAUGCGCGAGGUGGCCAAGAACAAGCACCAGGCCUUCUGGAUCUCAGCCAUCGAGGCGAAAUACGAGCCGGAAAAGGAGGGAAACCCCGUCCUCGACCGCGAGGAAUUCGACAGCAUCCUGGGCGACUUCGAGGGCAUCGCCGACUACCCGGCGGCCAUCUUCCCGGCGGAGCUCAUCAGGGCCUACCCCGAGGCCGCCGUCAUCCUCACCGUCCGCGCCGAUGAGGACGCGUGGCGCGCCAGCAUGCUGGCCACGCUGGUCCACCACUUCCGCAGCGCGCCCGACCCCAACCCGAGCCCCAUGGCGCCCCUGGCCGCCAAGUACCACCGGCACUGCUGGAAUGACGACUUCGAGGCAUACGGGAGAGAGGCGUACCGCAGGCAGAACGCCCUCGUGCGCGGGGCCGCCGCGGGGCGCCGGUUCCUCGAGUACGAGACCGGCAGCGGCUGGGGCCCGCUGUGCGAGUUCUUGGGCGUGCCCGUCCCGGACGGCGCCUACCCGCGGGCGGACGACUGGCUGGAGUACAAGAAAGCCGCGCAGGAAAAGGAGAAGUCGGGCGGUGGCGCUUGAGUAGGACGGGGCCUCUGUGCUUCCUAGGGUACCCUGUGG